AGGCGGGGCGGCAGGAAGUGACGCUUUCAACGAUUUCCGGCAGCGAGCUCACACAGCGGAGGAGACAUGGCGAGUGCGGCGGCUAAGCAGAUCGCUGCGGAGCAGGUGGUGGCGGGGUUCAAUCGCAUGCGGCAGGAGCAGAGGGGUUUGGCCUCCAAAGCGGCGGAGCUGGAGAUGGAGCUGAGCGAACACACUUUGGUGAUUGACACCCUGCGGGAGGUGGACCAGGGCAGGAAGUGUUACCGGAUGGUCGGGGGCGUCCUGGUGGAGCGGACGGUGAAGGAGGUGCUGCCGGCAUUGGAGAACAACAAGGACCAGAUCAACAAAAUCAUCGAGACGCUGACCACGCAGCUGCAGACGAAGGGGCGGGAGCUGAACGAGUAUCGGGAGAAGCACAACAUCCGCCUGAUGGGCGAGGACGACCAGAAGCAGCCGCCCAAAGACGGCGACGGCUCCGGGGCCAAGAGCAGCUCGGCCGGCGUCCUGGUCUCCUGAUCCCCCCCCCCCAAAGGCGGACUCUAAUUUCGCUGGGACACUUCGGUCGGGUCGCGGCGGAAGCGAAAUCUCCCGGCUUUGCCACCAGAAAACGGAGGCGGCAGAUUCUGCGUCACGCUGCAAAUUCGAUGGUUUGGGGGAAUCAUGGCGGAAUUCGGGGCUUUUUAUUUUAUUUUUUAUUUUAUUAAAGUUUUUUGUUUUGUUAAAAUAAAGUUUGUUGAAUGGC